AUGCCGACGCCGGAUGAUGAAGCCAUGGUCUCGCCGGUGGAGCACGAGAGCAUCGCUGGCCGCCCGACUUGUCCACCCGAGGAAUCGCGCGUUAUCGCGACCCACGAAUUGAAUGAGACACGGGGCGCCCACGACGACAGCAAUGCCAGCGCCGUGCCCGAUGUUCCCAUGCAGCAGCCCACUCCGUCUCCACAAAACUCGCGCGAGCAUACCCAGGCGCCCGACGAUAUCCAGACCAAGCUGCCCAGCACCGACAGAGACUCGCCCACCAGAGACAUUCCCACGCCUAUGACGGCGACAGACGACGGCACUGAAGAGCAACGCACCUCUCACGUCUCGCCGCUUUCUCCCGCUGCGCCAACUUCGCUACUCGCCAGCCAUCUAUCAUCCCCAUUCCCUGCGCAUAGGUUCCUACCCAACACAUCCUCGUCCCUCCUUCGGCCCGGCAGUCGCUUCGUGGGCACCCAAACCUCCGACCGCCAGCAGUAUGACGUCGAAGUCGAUAUAAAACAUGUCGACAUGCGCGAGUCCUUCAUGUGUGGAUACUUGCGCAUCAAAGGUUUAACGGAAGACCACCCAAGUCUGACGACGUACUUCGAAGGCGAGAUCAUCGGAAGCAAAUACACCUUCAUUACACAGCAUCCGGAAUGGGGCUCCAACGAAAAGGUCGACCGGCAACACUGGGGGCGGUUCGACGCAUACAAGCCGAUUGCUAAGUACUCUGCGCGUCAGGAGCAGGUGUCGAAGGAGCUGAACCAGAAGGAACACCUCUUCAUGCGGUGGAAGGAGUACUUCCUCGUGCCAGAUCACCGAGUGAGGACCAUAAACGGCGCGAGUUUUGAAGGCUUCUACUACAUCUGCUUCAAUCAGCUCUCGGGCGGCAUCGAGGGCAUCUACUUCCAUGCUAAGAGCGAGAAAUUCCAGAAGCUCAAUUUGAAGCACAUCCAAGAUUUUGGGUGUCAAGGCGCGAUUGAAUUUCGAUAA